GCGCGGGCCCCGCCCCGCCCUCCCCAAGUGGGGAAACUGAGCCCGCGAGACGGAAAAAGGGCCCCAGAGCGCUGGUAAAGCGGCACGUGUGUCCUGGGGCUGCAGAAGCACUUGAGCCACGUCCAGCAGCAGUGAGAAAGCGUGAUGACAAUGCUGCGUAUUAGUUUGCGCGACAUCGGUGGUAAUAAAUCACUAGCACACCUUGCGUGGCCCCUCGGUACCUUGAUGAGCCCAUGACGCCUUCGCUUCCCUGAAGCUUCGCGGUUGACAAAGGGAAUUGAGGACAGGAGAGCAGGGCAGAUCAUGGGCCGUCCGUGGACGUGAGCGGGUUGUUGGAGGCUGGAAUGCUGCUGUCUCCGGUGCAGCCUGUCACCAGCCAAGGGGUCUGCCACAUUCCACACCGGCCAGAUUUCCAGUCACAAGGCUCUCUCCCUCUGAGCAGGCUGGUUUUCCUGAGGAUGAGGGAGCCUCGCCCCUGGGGGAGAUGCGUGGGGACAACGCUCACUUCUGCCUUCUUUCUCCUGGGCUGCUGGGGACGCUCCGAUUUCCAGCAGCAAUUUCUCCAAGCUUUGGAGCCAGAGGAAGUGACUUCUUAUUUUGGCCCCGAUGCUACCUUAGAAGGCCGUCCUCCUUCCCCUCGCCUUCGCCUCCGGAGAUGGGCUGCCGGCAGGGUCCUGCACCUGGAGCUGCUGGUGGCCGUGGGCACCGACGUCUACCAGGCUCACCAGGAGGACACUGAGCGCUACGUGCUCACCACCUCAACAUGGUGAGGGUCAGAGCUGCUGAGGGACCCAUCCCUGGGGACUCAGUUCCGAGUGCAUCUGGUGAAGAUGGUCACCCUGACCCAGCCUGAGGAUGCUCCGAAUAUCACAGCCAACAUCACGGCCUCACUGCUGAGUGUCUGUGAGUGGAGCAGGACGGUCAACCCCGAGGACGACACAGAUCCUGGGCAUGCCGACCUGGUCCUCUACAUCACCAGGUUUGACCUGGAGUUGCCUGAUGGUAACCGGCAGGUUCGGGGGGUCACCCAGCUGGGGGGUGUCUGCUCGUCCUCCUGGAGCUGCCUCAUCACUGAGGAUACCGGCUUUGACCUGGGGGUCACCAUCGCCCAUGAGAUUGGGCACAGCUUGGGCUUGGAACACGACGGCGCGCCCGGGAGCGGCUGUGGGCCCAGCGGCCACGUGAUGGCGUCCCAGGACGCGGCGACCGCCAGGGGUGACCUCUCGUGGUCCGCCUGCAGCCGCCAGCAACUGCUGCACCUGCUCAGCGCAGGACGGGCGCGCUGCCUGUGGGACCCGCCGGGGCCGCAGGCCGGGGCCGCGGGGAGCCCUCCCCGGGCGCAGCCCGGCCUCCACUACGGCGCGGACGAGCAGUGCCGCGUCGCCUUCGGCCCUGCAGCGGUGGCCUGCACCUUCUCCAGGGGGCACCUGGACGUGUGCCAGGCUCUCUCCUGCCACGAGGACCCCCUGGACCAAAGCGUCUGUAGCCGCCUCUUGACUCCCCUCCUGGAUGGGACAGAGUGUGGCGAGCAGAAGUGGUGCUCCAAAGGUCACUGCCGCUCCCUGGCGGAGCUGACCCCCGUGGGAGUGGUGCACGGGCACUGGUCUAGCUGGGGUCCCCCCAGUCCCUGCUCCCGCUCCUGCGGGGGAGGGGUGGUCACCAGGAGGCGACAGUGCAGCAACCCCAGGCCGGCCUUUGGAGGGCGUGCGUGUGUGGGCGAUGACCUCCAGGCGGAGAUGUGCAACACCCAGGCCUGUGAGAAGACCCAGCUGGACUUCAUGUCUGAGCAGUGCUCCCGGACGGACAGGAAACCGCUACACCUGUCCCCAGGCAACGCCUCCUUCUACCGCUGGGGCUCCGCUGAGCAGUACAGUCAAGGGGACGCUCUGUGCAGACACAUGUGCCGAGCCAUCGGCGAGACCUUCAUUGUGAGGCGUGGGGACAGUUUCCUGGAUGGGACCCGGUGUGUGCCAAGUGGUCGGCGGGAGGACGGGACCCUGAGCCUGUGCGUGUCGGGCAGCUGCAGGACAUUCGGCUGUGACGGCAGGAUGGACUCCCAGCAGGUGCGAGACGCGUGCCAGGUGUGUGGAGGGGACAACAGCACGUGCAGCCCCCGCAACGGCUCUUUCACGGCCGGAAGAGCCAGAGAGUAUGUCACGUUCCUGACGGUUACCCGCAACCUGACCAGCAUAUACGUCGCCAACCAGAAACCUCUCUUCACACACUUGGCGGUGCGGAUCGGAGGGCGCUACAUCGUGGCCGGGAACUCUAGCAUCUCUCCCAGCACCACCUACCCCUCCCUCCUGGAGGACAGCCGUGUCGAGUACAGAGUGACCCUCACCGAGGACCGGCUGCCUCACCUGGAGGAGAUCCGCAUCCGGGGACCCAUUCAGGAAGACGUGGAGAUCCAGGUUUACAGGCGCUACGGGGAGGAGUAUGGUGACCUUGCGCGCCCAGACAUCACCUUCACCUACUUCCAGCCGAAGCAGCCACAGGCCUGGGCAUGGGCCGCCGUGCGGGGGUCCUGCUCCGUGAGCUGUGGGGCAGGGCUGCGCUGGGUGACCUACAGCUGUCUGGACCAGGCCAGGAACGAGUGGGCAGAGGCUGCCCGGUGCGAAGGGAGCCAGCGGCCAGCAGCGUGGCCAGAGUCCUGCGCCCCUGGGCCCUGCCCCCCAGACUGGGCCACUGGAGACUUGGGCACGUGGGAGAGGGCGGUCCGUUUCGUGGAGGCCCAGGGCAGCCUCCUGAGGACGCUGCCCCCUGCCCGGUGCCGAGCCCUGGCCCUGCAGCCGGCAGUGCUGGAAACCCGCAACCCCCCAGCCUGGCCCCGGCAGGUGAGCGAGUCGGACGCGUGCUCAUCAGCCUGUGAGGCCCACCUGGCUUCGCACAACGGGACGUGUGUGCACGGGGCAGGUGGCCCGGACGCGCUGGCCACAGCCGGGCCCUGCUCCACAGACGAGAAGCUGCCCGCCCUCGAGCCGUGCGUGGCCACAGCGUGUCCUCCGGCACAGGGCCACACGGACCCCCGGUCUCUAGAGGAGGAGGCCACAUCCCCACCGGCCCCUGCCAGGCCGGGGGCCCGCGCCGCACACGUGUGGACUCCCCUGGCGGGGCCGUGCUCUGUCUCCUGCAGUCGAGGCCUGAAGGAGCUGCAUUUCGUGUGCGUGGACUCUGUCCUGGGGACCCCUGUCCAGGAAGAGCUAUGUGACCUGGGAAGCAAGCCUGGGAGCCGGCGGGAGGUCUGCCAGGCUGCCCCGUGCCCGGCUUGGUGGCAGUACAAGCUGGCAGCCUGCAGCGUGAGCUGCGGAGGAGGGGUCGCACGGAGGAUCCUGUAUUGCGCACGGGCCCACGGGAGGGACGAGGGCGAAGAGAUCCUGCCGGAUACCCGGUGCCUGGGGCUGCCUCGCCCGGAGCAGCAGGAGCCGUGCGGCCCGGAGCCCUGCCCACCCAGGUGGAAGAUCGUGUCCCUUGGCCCAUGCUCAGCCAGCUGUGGCCUUGGCACCGCCACGCGCUCCGUGGCCUGUGUGCAGUUCGACCAAGGCCAGGACGUCGAGGUGGACGGGGCGGCCUGUGUAGCUUUGGUAAGGCCGCAGGCCAGCAUCCCCUGCAUCACCGCCGACUGCGCCUACCGGUGGCGUGUCAGCACCUGGACACAGUGCUCUGUCUCCUGCGGAGACGGCAUUCAGCACCGGCACGAUGCCUGCCUUGGACCCGGGUCCCAGGCUCCGGUGCCAGCCCACUUCUGCCAGCACUUGCCCAAGCCAGCCACGGUGCGGGGCUGCUGGGCUGGGCCCUGCGCUGGGCAGGGGACCCCCAGCCCGGCGCCCCCCGAGGAAGCCACUGCUGGUGCUCCUCCGGAGCGGCCCCGGCCCCAGGCCCACCUCCUCUCCCCAGCUCCCCGGCUUCAGGGGCUUCUGCCUGGGCCCCAGGAAAGCCCGGCUGAGUCCAGCGCCUGUGGCCGGCAGCACCUUGAGCCGACAGGAACCAUUGACAUGCGAGGCCCAGGGCAGGCUGACUGUGUAGUGGCCAUCGGGCGGCCCCUGGGUGAGGCGGUGACCGUUCAAGUCCUCGAGAGUUCCCUCAACUGCAGCACUGGGGACAUGUUGCUGCUUUGGAGCAGGCUCACGUGGAGGAAGAUGUGCGGGAAACUGUCGGACAUGACUUUCAGCUCCAGAGCCAACACGCUCCUGGUGAGGCAGCGCCGUGAGCGGCCGGAAGGCGGAGUUGUGCUGCGGUACCGGAGCCAGCCUGCCCCGGGAGCCUCCCACAGAGAGUGUGAUAUGCAGCUCUUUGGACCCUGGGGUAAAAUCGUGAGCCCCUCGAUGAGUCCACGUGGGAGGAACCUGGGGGGCUGCCGCAUCUUCAUCAAUGUGGCUCCACGGGCCCGCAUUGCCAUCCAUGCCCUGGUCACCAGCGUGGGCACAGGCACUGAUGCCAGCCACAUCUUGAUCCGGGACAUCCACAGCCUGAAGACGAUGACAUUCCGUGGGCAGCAGGCACUCUUCUGGGAGUCCGAGGGAAGCCAGGCUGAGAUGGAGUUUAGCCAGGGCUUCAUGGAGGCGGGCGCUAGCCUGUGGGGCCUGUACUGGACCCUCGGAUCUCGAGUGCAGGAACCUGGCUGGGCCGUACCCUAGCUUGCUCUCCAAGCACAAACCUCCAGUGCCCUGCGUGCACAGUAGGAUGUCUCCUCCAGGUUCUGGAAAGGAAAGAAACGAACUUGACAUUUAUGAGCACCUGUUAGGUGCCUGGCAAGCCCCAGAGGGUUGACUCUGGUCUCUGAGUGCUUUCCAAUUUGAAUUCCGUCCAAUCUUAAGUAUCUCCUUUAGGGCCUCCUCCAACAUGCAAAAGGCUAGGCGGCGGGAGGCAGGGUCUGGACUCUGUCUGGAAUGGCAGUCACCAGUCCCUCUGUACCAAUAAACGGAAUGUGCAGUCUGAGUAGCGUUUUUCUUCA